GUAAUGUCCACUUCAUGCUUGUUUCGAACGGUUGAGAAAUUUGUUUGUUUACUUGCUUCAUUCGACAUUUUUUUUUUGACUCCCUGGGAUGGCUUUUCUUGAAUUCUUUUUGGCAGCUUUCCUGACUGAAAGACUAUAAGAACUUUUGACUGACAAAAAAGAAAAAAAACAUAUCUCCACCUUAAAAAUAUGCAAGCGUGCCAUGAAGUCAAAGAAUCAGUAUUAAAAAUGAGGAUCCAAGAGUUGGAAAUAAUCGAAUUUGGUGUGGGUUCUUAUGGAAGAAUCAGUCGGAGUGUGAUAUUUUGCAGGUUUUGCUACAUUCUGAUUGAGCCCAAAUGUCAGUCAUUAAACUCUCUGGUGGUGCUACACUAGUUCGUGGGAAUACUGCGGGUAAAUGUGGAAGAAGGCCAAUUAGGAAGGCUACCAAUCUACAAAAUUCUUCAAAAUGGAUUCUUCAUAGUGAUUUUCUUGGAGCAAAUCAGAGGAAGGUAUUGACAUGCAACAAUGCUGCUCCGAAUUCUGGAUUAGUCAGUGAUCAGCAUUCUUUGAAUUAUGAAGCGGGUUCUUCUUCUUAUGUGGAAAAAAGGUGUACUUCAACCCGAGAGCGACUCUGUAGCGGAUCAAAUGAAGGAGACAUAGCUGUGACAGGAACGUUAAAGGAUCAACCCAAUGCUCCAGCUGUCUUUUGUGAGCUAGCAAUGCUGUCACUGCCAGCUAUUGCAGGACAAGCAAUUGAACCUUUAGCACAACUCAUGGGAACGGCUUAUGUUGGAAGAUUAGGUGUACUCGAGUUGGCUGCAGGCGGAGUAUCACUUUCAAUAUUCAAUGUUAUAUCUAAGGUGUUCAACAUUCCUCUCCUUAGUCUGUCUACUUCGUUUGUCGCUGAAGAUAUUUCUCAACACUCACACGAGGACACCACUCCAGAUAGAAGAAGGGCUUUAGCCUCAGUUUCUACAGCCUUAGCUUUAUCUUUUGCAAUUGGAUUAUUUGAGGCAGCAGCAAUGACCUUAGGAUCAGGACUCUUUCUGAACAUUAUGGGUGUAUCAACAGCUUCCCCAAUGCGUAGUCCAGCUGAAAACUUUCUUAGACUCAGAGCAAUUGGAGCUCCAGCAGUAGUGGUUUCUCUUGCCAUUCAAGGCAUAUUCCGCGGUUUCAAGGAUACAAGGACCACUGUCUUAUGUUUAGGAAUUGGCAAUUUGGCAGCUGUGUUCUUCUUUCCAGUAUCCAUGUAUACCUUUCGCUUGGGUAUAACUGGUGCAGCAAUUUCCACAGUUGCAUCUCAAUACAUUGUCACCAUUUUGAUGUUGUGGCAUCUGAACAAGAGGACCAUACUGCAGUUCUGCAAUAUGAAAAAUUUGCAGUUUGGUGACUACUUAAGAUCAGGUGGUUUUGUUCUAGGAAAAACUGUAGCUGUUGCAACAACAGUGACUUUGAGCACGUCAAUGGUUGCCCAUCUUGGAGCUCUAUCUGUGGCUGCUCAUCAGAUAUGCUUGCAAGUUUGGUUGGCUGCUCCACUCCUAGUUGAAGCUCAAGCUUCUGCUGCUCAGGCUCUAAUCGCAAGUUCAUUUGCUAAAGCUGAGUUCAGCAGAGUCAAAGAGAUAACAUAUGCAGUCUUAAAGACAGGAUUACUCACAGGUGUUGCUUUAGCUGUCAUAUUGGGCUUGUCUCUUCCUCUAUUGGCCAAAUUGUUUACUACUGAUGCACAAGUGCAAAAUAUAAUUGGAUCUGUUAUACUGCUCGUCAGUGCCAGUCAGCCUCUUAGUGCUCUGGCAUACGUUUUUGACGGUCUCCAUUAUGGUGUUUCUGAUUUCCCCUAUGCAGGUUGCUCGAUGAUGGUCAUCGGGGCAAUCUCAUCAGCAUUUCUCAUCCAAGCUUCUUCAAUGCUUGGUCUUUCAGGAAUUUGGUCAGGUUUGACUUUAUUCAUGGGGUUGCGCUCCAUCAGUGGAUUUUGGAGGUUAUCACAAAAAAGUGGUCCGUGGUGGUUCUUGCAGGACAGGAACGAACUUGAAACUAAGGUCGCAGUGAUUCCUGAACGGCAAUGAGUUCCGAAGCAUUACUUGCUUCUGUUGCAUUCAUCUUUCUUCAGCUCCUCAUUUCUUGACUCAAUUUGUUCCCUGUUCUAAACAUAUGAAAUAGUUGAGGAAUCUGUGGUAACUCAGUCUGUUUAGGUGGAGCUGCAUUAAGUUGUCUCCACAUUUUAUUCCAUUCCAUGCUCGCAUAUUGAUAUAAUCUACACAACCUGAUGUUCAGUUGUCAAAAACCAUACUCCUGUAACGAGCACAGAUUGUAUUCUCCAGAUCCAAGGGCAACAUGGUUGAAGAUUAGAUACAACCUACUGUCUCUAUAGUUUCUUCUGUUAAAGUGUAAAACCACCGUACUUCAGAAAUUUUCUGUUCAUAUAAAUUUGGUCCUCUCAUGGGGUCAAGAAUGCCAGUGGGACAAAUAAAUUUGAGACC